GUCCUGCAUAUCUAUACCGAUCGUACGACGUGUCAGAAGCCAUAAGGCUGAGUGAUAUCCUCUGUCUUAUAACCAAGGUCGAACCGAGCUCUAUCUACUCCUUACCUAACCGCUCGAGUUUCUCGCGAUUCUACCAUUGACCAUCAUGGAGAAAGACUCAACCGAUUCGAAAGAUCGCCUUCUUGGUGAAGCAGAGUACCCCGGUGCAGAUCUCAGACACUCUAAUAAGCCAAGGACGUCGUCGAUACGGCGAUGGAUACGCAACAAUGCGCUUCUACUGGUGAUAUUUGCGCUUCUAUUUUAUAUCGCCAUUGUCCUAACCAUCGAAUCUGCGGCGAGACUGAAGUCUCAAAGACAUUGCCUCGGAGCGGAUAACCACUUCAGGCUGCCAGGAGACGCUAUAAGGUACGAAGAGAAGCAGGAAUGGUAUACUCUUCGAGAACCCUGGAAUAUGGAGCCGUCCGACGAACUUGACGACUUGUGGGAAGACUUAUUGUAUGCAUUGAAUAUCAGAGUUUCCCCUCGCGAGAUGGAACAGCUUGGUUCAAACCUCACGAAUCGUAUCCAAGUUGAUGGUGGGGACUAUCUUGGCGUUAUGGGUGUAUAUCACCAUCUCCAUUGCCUGAACAAUCUACGGAGAAUAGUCCAUUGGGAUUAUUACGAGUCUCGCGUUGCAGAUGUAGGUCCUACGGGACCUUUUGGAAAGGGCCACUCGGAUCACUGCAUCAAUGCAAUCCGUCAAGCUCUCAUGUGUCACGCAAACACUGAGAUACAUACAGGACAGUGGAUCUACGACCCCGAUAGGCCUCAAGCCUCGAAACUCGGGUCGCACUCAAUGACAACUUGCGUAAAGUGGGAUAGCUUAAAUAACUGGGCACGCAGCAGGGCAUUAAGACCGGGUGAAUAUACCUACAGACCUGUGCCAAUCGACGAAACUAUGUCAGAUUAGUUGAACAUAGCUCGUGGGCGAGUUUUUGUAGUUCAGUACCUUGCAUUGAGAAAUACUACCCCAAUUCAAGCUUAGGAUCUUUUUGUAAUA